AUGUGUCGUUGCAGACUUACUGGCUGUAGACUCUCAGAGCCUCACUGUGAAGUUGUGGCCUCAGCUUUGAAGUCCAACCCCUCCCAUCUGAGAGAGCUGAACCUGAGUGAGAACAAGCUGCAGGAUUCAGAAGUGAAGCUGCUGUCUGCUGGACUAGAGAGUCCAAACUGUAAACUUGAGGAGCUGAGAUUGUGGAGCUGCCAUUUGUCAGGAAACAACUUUGCUUCUCUGGUCUCAGCCCUGAAGUCCAACCCCUCCCAUCUGAGAGAGCUGGAACUGAGUGACAACCACCUGCAGGGUGCAGGAGUGAAGCUGCUGUGUGAUUUUCUGGAGAGUCCACACUGCAGACUGAAGACUCUGGGUUUGUCGGAGAUCGGCUUUGUUUCCGUGGCCUCAGCUCUGAAGUCCAACCCCUCCCAUCUGAGAGAGCUGGACCUGAGUGACAACUACCUGAAGCAUUCAGGAGUGAAGCUACUGUGUGAUUUUCUGAAGAGUCCACACUGUAAACUGGAGAGUCUGGGAUUCAGACUGAGUUCAUGCAGUUUGUCAGCGAACAGCUGUGUUUCUCUGGCCUCAGCCCUGAAGUCCAACCCCUCCCAUCUGAGAGAGCUGGACCUGAGUGACAACAACCUGACGCAUUCAGGAGUGAAACUGCUGUGUGAUUUUCUGAAGAGUCCACACUGUAGACUGGAGCGUCUGGGACUGUGGCGCUGCCAUUUGUCAGAGAUCGGCUUUGUUUCUUUGGCCUCAGCUCUGGAGUCCAACCCCUUCUGUCUGAGAGAGCUGGACCUGAGUAACAACUACUUACUGGGACAAGGAGUGGAGCUACUCUCUUCUCAUGUGGAGAAUCCAGACUGUAGACUGGAGACUCUGAGGAUCAGUGGCAAGGUGUUCAGAGCUAAGAAGCACAAAAUAUACGACUCUGAUGUCAAACCUGACGUGAAAACAAACCUUGCCGAGGAUGACAAAAAGGCUCCAUCAUCUUUCUCACCCGAACACACAACUGAAUCUACAUACAGGUUCAGGUGUCCUGGUCCAGGUGUGUUCCAGUGUGAUUUGACAGGACUGGUGUUUGUUAUGGCUCAGGAGGCGGAGCUGCUGUACAGGACUGUCCAAUGGGAUGAGAGCCUCCUCCAGCCAGCUGGCAAGACGGCUGCAGGGCCGCUGUUUGAAAUCAAGUGUUCUGAGGCUGCUGCCGUCUGUCAGCUCCACCUCCCGCACUGUGAAACAAAGGAUGCGUUGCUCACUGAUGGCCUGUUGUCUGUUGUCCACGUCACUGACGAUGGAAUGAGCAUCUUGGAGCCACUGGAGAUUACAGACACUCAUGUGGUUGUGAAGGUCCCAAACCUCUCUGCCUUCGGUCUGGUCUGGGAUUACAUCACAAGGUUUCUGAACAUCUCACUGCCAAUAAAUGGCCAAGUUCUGCUGUUCCUCCGACCUCCGUACUUAGGGCAUCGAGUACUGGAUGUAUUUCUGCUGCAGGACAACAUCCCUCUACAGGAGGUUAUGGACCAACAAGGAGGUGCUGAGCAUAUCAAGAUCUCCUCCAACUGUCAUCUCAGCUUUGGUCAAAGUUACAGUGUCCACUGUGAACCUGAGGGCUUCACAAUACAGCCUGAGCAUGAAGCGUUUCAGUCAAGGCAUGGACCAAAUUUUCAUCCAACAUUUGAAGUUUUCCUGACGACAAACACAGACAGAGUGACUUUGAUGGUGCAGGACCAUGAGCGGAAAGAGGUCUGGAGACGUCACGUUUUACUGACAGCUCCAAGAGGGGAAGUUCCACAGACAGGUGUCCUAGCAGAGGACAGUGUCCCAGCUGACGAGAAACUGUUCUCAGUUCGGACGCAGUUUCUGAACAGAGUGUCUGAACCUGUUCUGAACCAGCUUCUGGAUAAACUUCUUCAGUACCGCGUGAUCAAUGAUGCUGAAGUUCAGUCAGCCAGAAUAAAAACCAGAGCAGACAAAGCACGAGAUGUGAUCGACACAGCAAUAAGAAAGGGAGCUGAAGCCUGCUCAGUUCUGAUCGCUGCUCUCCGUGAGGUGGAUCCAUGCCUCUCCAGAGUGCUGAACUUCAGCUGAGGCAAAAGGAAUAAACUGUGGAGAGUGAUGAUGAGGAAUCUCUAUGUCAGCUGUCUGUUCUACAGUCUGACAUGACUUAUUUUAAUACUUAAUGGCUGAUGAGAUGACUGAGUGUAUGGGUGUUGCCGACGCCAGGUUUGGUGCAACUGAUGUCUAUUGUGGGGUGCCUCAGGGGUCAGUGCUAGGUCCGGUUCUCUUUUCAAUUUAAAUGCUCCCUCUUGAGCAUGUUAUACACAUAUAUAAUAUCAGUUUCCAUUUGUAUGCAGAUGAUACUCAGAUCUAUUCAAGCUGCUUGCUCUCUGGCAUCAGUAAAAAAAAAAAAAAAAAAAAAAGCCUCUCGCACCUCCAGCUCAUCCAAAACUCUGCUGCCAGAAUCUUGACUUGGACUAAAAAACAUGACCACAUCACACUGAUCCUGGCUUCCCUACACUGGUUACUGUUGUUUUUAGAAUUUAUUUUAAGACUUUAUUGAUUACUUACAAAGUCCUGAGAGGCCUUGCUCCAAGUUAUAUAACAGAUCUUUUAUUGCCCUAUGUUCCCUCUCGCACCCUGAGAUCCUCAGAUGAAUCUUUUCUUUUUGUUCCAAGGUCUAGAUUAAUUCACAAAGGUGACAGAUUCUCUGCAGUCAGAGCUCAAGGAAGGACCUGCCUGAGGAGAUCAAAGCUGCAAACUCAGUCUCAUCUUUUAAAUCACUUAUGAUAACCUACUUGUUUAAAAUUGGCUUUUGGAGAUUUAAACUGCUUUAUUAUUGUGUGUUUUACUGUGUUACAUAUAUUCUGUUUUUAUAGCAUUUAUCUUGUUUUACAGCUUUGUCUUUUAUUGGGUUUUGUAAAGCACUUUGUAACUGUGUUUUGGUCUGUUGUCUCUUCCUUCUGUUGAAAAGUUACCCCGCUAUAUUUUUCCAUGAGAACAACAUCUGAGGCUGUUGGUCCAUAAAAGUCAUGAGAUGCAGCCUUGCUCUGGUCUGUUUAACAGUGUAACACAAACCAUUGUUUGCCCACCAUGCUUUAGGUUUUUUAUUGUUUCUCAGCGGAGAGCAAUUUAAAAAAUGUUGUAACAGUGAA